UCCACCCUGAACACAAACUCCCAAAAUAGCAGUGCGACUUCGGGAAGCCUCAGAAAAAAAUGGCUGAAGUAGUUUCACCAAUAACUCGACAAGUAACGAGAGAAAAUCGCGACAAUGGGACCGCUUCUGUCGAUAUUCGUCUUGAAGACGUCGAAGAUUGUUUAAUUUACGACCGGCAUGGAGUCUCUAUUCCGUUCAAGAAAUUAUAUCAAGACAGGAAAUCGGUCAUAAUUUUCGUGCGGAAUUUCUUGUGCUACAGCUGUAAAGAAUACGUGGAUGAUUUGAGCAAAAUACCUAGAGAAGCACUGCAGGAUGCUGACAUUAGACUGGUUGUGAUUGGUCAGUCUGCUCAUCAUCAUAUAGAGCCAUUCUGCUCACUGACGGGGUUUCCUCAUGAAAUAUAUGUGGACCCGGAGAGGUGCAUUUAUCAAAAGCUUGGGAUGAAGAGAGAGGAGAAAUUUACAGACUCAGCCCUCCCUAGUCCCCAUGUGAAGUCUGGUAUCUUUAUGGGACAAAUGAAGAGUAUAUGGAGAGCCAUGACUAGCCCUGCAUUUGACUUCCAGGGUGACCUACAUCAGCAAGGUGGAGCCAUCAUUGCAGGACCAGGCUCUCAAGUUCAUUUUUCCCAUUUUGACAUGAACCACCUGGACCACAUGCCCAUUAACUGGCUCCUGCAGCUCGCCGGAGCUCAACAGACUCUGGACUUCAGCAAUAAGCCAAAGAUCAUCCAUGUGUAGCCAGCUGGUUGCCUGUCUGAAAUCACUGUUAUUAUCACAUAAGCAGGGAUGUACACAUUUUGCUUGUUUAGUUACAUCACCAUUGUGCACUGACAAAUACAGUGUGUGUUGAGUGUGAAAGUUUAUUCUUAACCCUGGAAACACAAAACAAAUCUUAACUCAGUGUCUCCUUACUAGCUUUUUUCCAGAGCUUCCAAUCACAUCUCAUGGGCUGAUGAAGUUGAAAGCUCUGGAAAAAGCUAGUAUGUAAACUGAGCAAACUCUUUCUGCUAAUGAAGACCAUGAAAUGUGUGGUUUUUUUUUAAAAAAAGCUCUGGAAAAAGCUUGUAAGUGUAUCUUGAGGUAAGAUUUAUUUCAUAAAAAUACAGUCUGCGGUCUGAAAGCGUGAGUGCUGUCUGGUCAAGUGUGUAAGAGGGGUAUGAAUGCAUUACUGUUUAUUGACAAGUUAAAUUUUCUACGUUUUCUGUCAGUCAUCCUAUGACUAUGUCUUAUGUUGUGUAUUUCUGUUCCCAUAGGCUUACUUGUAGUAAGAUGGUUGUGUGGUUAAUAUUUAUGAACACUUAAUAACAACUGGUGCAUUGAUGUUAGUAAUUGUUCUUAUCACAGAGUCUUCUUUUUUAUAGUCACUUUCCUCAUAUCCAGUGUUUAUUACACUGUAAAUAAAGUUUAAUUGCUAUGUC